AUGUCUAUGUUAAGCAAGCUAACUCAUCGCGAGUUGAUCCAACUGGCGCAGAAGAGAUGUAUAACGCCUCUGUCGCCGAAAUUUCACAAGGGCCAGAACGGCAGGGUGUGUAUCGUUGGAGGGUGUGAAGACUACACGGGGGCGCCCUACUUCAGCGCCAACGCGACUGCGUUGAUAGGGUGCGAUAUGACGCAUGUAAUAUGCGAGAGGGACGCCGCUCCCGUCAUCAAGAGCUACUCGCCGAACCUGAUGGUCCAUCCGUACCUGAGAACGGGCCAGCUGGGAGAGAUGUCCAAGAUCAAGUCGCUGGUCUCGCGGGUGCACGUCCUCGUGAUAGGGCCCGGUCUGGGCAGAGACGACGGGAUGCUCGGCUCCGUCAAGGAGAUCAUCAGGACUGUGCUGGACGACCAUAAGGGCCAGAUCCCGAUCGUGAUAGACGCCGACGGUCUGUAUCUGAUCUCGCACGACCAGGAGACGAGGGAGAUGCUGGCACGCUUCCCGCGGGGCAGGGUCAUCAUAACGCCGAACGUGGUCGAGUUCAAGCGCAUAAAGGACGCCGUAGGCGGGGACUCCGGGUCUCUCGAAGCCGGCGCCUACGUCGCCAGCAAACUGCAGUGCAUCGUCGUCGAGAAGGGCGGCGAAGACAAGAUCUUCUCGCCGGAGCCCGCGCCAGGAGCGGCCGACGGCCGCUCCUGGCUCGUGAACUCCGUCGAGGGAAGCAACAAGAGGGUCGGAGGCCAGGGCGACACGCUUACGGGCAUCAUCGCCUGCAUGCUGGCGUUCAGUCGAGCAAGAUACGACUUCAAGCUGUGUGGAGACGACGCGGAAAAGUGUGACCCGAGGAUGGAAUGGCUAGACUAUGCGAUGCUCAGCUGCUACGUGGGAAGCACCGUCACUCGCGAAUGCGCAAAGCUGGCCUACAAGGCCAAGAAACGGGCCAUGCAGACCAUGGACAUGAACGACCGUGUCGGGGAAGUGUACGACAAGCUCUUUGGAUAG